UUAACAUCUGAAAAGACAAAUUCACAAACAAUGUCAGAUAUUCAGCGGAUUCGUAAUUUAACUGAUGACAGUUCAUUAGGCAGCUUUAAAAAUGAGGAAUUGGAAAGUAAUGAUCAUGAUGGUGAUAUUGAAGAUUCUGAGGGUGAAUGGAUUGGUAAUGCGAAAAUAAAAAACACUGUUCUGUAUUAUCCAUCCAAUAACAAUGAUCUUGUCAAUGAUUUUACAAUUACAAAAUUAGACUCUGAUGCUCUUAGAAUGUCUCAAAGAAAAUCAAAAGCCACUAAACAAAAAGACCGUUUAUUAUCAUCUGGCCUUACUGAUUUAUCUAGUCAUUCAAUGUCUGGCAGCCAAGGAAGUGAUGAUGAUGAUGAUGAUACUUCAACUCCGAGUGUUGAUCACUCGGAUAAAAAUUCRGCAAUGUUUUCGACUAGUACUGAAAGAUUAGACAUGAUUGAAAAACGCGAACAAUUCUUAAAGAAUACUUUUGAAUCGCUUGGUGGAACUGAAGCCGAUUUUCAAGACAACCAAUAUCAUUUCCCAAGUAAGAGAAGUAUAUCUUCACAGUACAAAGGAAACAAUAACGGUUCUACUGUACAACAGAACACAAACAUUGAAUCUCAAAGUAAAAGAGAAGAACUUCAGCAAAGGAUUGAAGAAACUCGAAGAACUUUACAAAACUUGGGAGCUCAUUCCAAUUUAAAAGCUAGUCAAAGUAUUUGUGAUUUAAGUAGAAAUUAUGGGAAAUCUCCAUCAAAAUUACCAGUUCGCAACCAUUUAUCAG